AUGUAUUCACAACCUACAUUAUAUUUUUCAGCUCUACUUCAAGUUACAAUUUCCCUUAGCAAAGUUGAGCUCAGUGUGGGUGAAUCCAAGUUCUUCACAUGCACAGCCAUUGGUGAGCCUGACAACAUAGAUUGGUACAAUCCACAAGGAGAGAAGAUUGUUUCUAGUCAAAGAGUGGUUGUUCAGAAAGAAGGUGUUCGAGCACGUCUAACCAUUUAUAAUGCAGAUAUAGAAGAUGCUGGUAUAUAUCGAUGUCAAGCAACAGAUGCUAAAGGACAAACUCAAGAAGCUACUGUUGUUUUGGAAAUUUAUCAAAAACUAACUUUUCGAGACAUAAUAUCUCAACAAGAGUUCAGGCAGGGAGAAGAUGCAGAAGUUGUUUGCCAUGUUACUAGUUCACCUGCUCCCGUUGUCAGCUGGUUGUAUCGGAAUGAGGAAGUCACAACUAUUGCUGACA